AAGAAAAAAAAAAACGGGGGGAGAUAGAGGUGGAAGGAAAAGAGGACUAAAAUAGCGCAGAACCUGCGGGUUAAUGUGCACCAAUGGCCACCAAGUCAUUUGUGGUCUCAGAGCGGAGAGAAGAAAAGUGCCACAGGUGAUGGAAAACAUGAGCUGCUUUGAGCGUCACAGUGUAUGCGGGUAGAAGGUAGCAAAAUUAAUCUCUGUAUCGAAAACUUUGCCAUGUGGGGGAAAAGCGGCUCAAAAAAACCUCUGCAAAGUUGCAGAAGUUGAAUCUGUUUAACCACGUCACUUCUGGGGAGAUCAUGAAAGUGCAUCGCAUGAGAACAAGUGGAGGAAGCUGAAGAAAGCCAUCUCUUCACCGAUGAGGCAGCCAAGUUCCCCUGCGCCUCUCCCUUUACGCACAGGCGAGGCGAGGACGGAGACCACCACAUCAAGACACUGAAAGAUCGGAAGCACAACUACUUUUCUUUUUUCUUUUUUACUAAAACUCUUAACUUUUUAAUAAGAGAAAGGGGGAAAGCACAUCAUGGAUGGAGAAGGAGGAUCGUUCAGGCUGGCCAAAUCAGCCGCAGUAAAACUCUCCGAGAUGGGCGAGAGGACCAAGCAGCUGGGCUCCGCGAUGAGAGACCCUCACCAGCAGAAGCGGAUCAUAUUAGUGAUUGUUUGCGUGGCUCUUCUUCUGGACAAUAUGCUCUACAUGGUCAUUGUGCCAAUUAUCCCAGACUAUCUUGCUGACCUGGAGAGCGAGCAAUCAGAGCACGUCCACUUAGGGCUGCACCCCAACACUUCCUCAGCCAACAGCUCAAGUCAAGACAAAAGCAACAAGGACAAUUUGGACAUCCAAAUAGGAGUCCUUUUCGCCUCUAAAGCCAUCCUGCAGCUCCUGGUCAACCCACUCUCGGGAACUUUCAUAGAUCGAGUCGGAUACGACAUCCCUCUCCUCAUCGGGCUAACCGUGAUGUUCGUCUCCACCUGCAUUUUCGCCUUCGCGGAGAACUACGCGACGCUCUUCGUGGCCAGAAGCCUGCAGGGUCUGGGCUCUGCUUUCGCGGACACCUCCGGCUUCGCGAUGAUCGCUGACAAGUACACGGAGGAAGCGGAGAGGAGCCGAGCGCUCGGCAUCUCCCUGGCUUUCAUCUCGUUCGGGAGCCUGGUGGCGCCUCCCUUCGGGGGCGUCCUGUAUGAGUUCGCCGGAAAGAGGGUCCCCUUCAUUGUGCUCGCCUCUGUCUGCCUGGCUGACGGUUUUCUGCUGCUUACUGUCAUCAAACCCUUCUCCAACAGGACUCGGGAGAACAUGCCAGUGGGUACCCCGAUAUACAGACUCAUGGUAGACCCCUACAUCGCCGUGGUGGCCGGGGCGCUCACCAUGGCCAACAUCCCGCUGGCCUUUCUGGAGCCGACUAUCGCCAACUGGAUGGAGACCACCAUGCACUCCACUCAGUGGGAGAUGGGACUCACCUGGCUGCCGGCUUUCUUCCCUCACAUCCUUGGUGUGUUCAUUACUGUUAAACUGGCCGCGAAGAACCCCCACCUGCAGUGGUUCUACGGGGCUUUAGGCAUGGUAAUUAUAGGGGCCAGCUCAUGCACGGUCCCUGCAUGCAAAACGUUCGGGCAGCUCAUCGCCCCGCUGUGCGGCAUCUGUUUCGGCAUUGCGCUGGUGGACACGGCGCUGCUGCCGACACUCGCGUUCCUGGUCGACGUGCGCUACGUCUCCGUGUACGGCAGCGUUUAUGCCAUCGCUGAUAUCUCGUAUUCGAUCGCUUACGCUAUGGGUCCGAUAGUGGCCGGCCAGAUCGUGCACAACCUUGGCUUCGUCCAGCUGAAUCUGGGCAUGGGUCUGGUCAACGUGCUUUACGCGCCGGCGCUGCUGCUGCUGCGCAACGUGUGCCAAAUGAAGCCGUCUUACUCGGAAAGGGAUAACCUGUUAGACGAGGCUCCGCAGGGGCUGUACGACACCAUCAAGUUGGAGGAGGUGAGGGCUAAAAAGAAGGGCUACAGUUCUUCGGGGAAUUGCUUGUCGGUGGACGAAAAUGGGUUCGAUCCCUUCAGAGCGCAACAGUCCUCCGGUCCAGACUACACCUAGACAUUCCCAGCAGUGAGGAGUUUUGUUCUAAGGAUGAGACAGACAGGUCCUAAACUAGUGAUUUCAACUUUUAUGUAUGUACAAUAUAAAACACCCAAUCAAGAAAAUCAUGAUUGUGUGAGAUGAUUGCCAAAGCAUCUAUUUCUUUCUUUCUCUCUUCUUUCUUUUUCUCGUUAUGUCUUGCUUUGUUUGUUUCUUUUUUUUUCUUUCCUUCCUUCUUUCUUUCUUUUUCCUGUCAUACCGUGUCAAAAAAAAGUCUACGUGGCGUUCGUCAACAGGAGUUUUUGUGACAGAACUUGUUGAAUUUGUGUGUACUACUGAGUAUUAUAUUAAAAGGAUAAAGACAAUAAUUAAUGUAUGGGACCAACCAAACUGUAAGCAGCACAUUCUCUCCCUCCUUCAGCACAAAAAUAGAACAUUAUCUUCUAGUUAGUUUUGCACAUCGAAAGGCCUCCGUAGAUUAACGACUUUGUGAAUUAUUUUCCAGAUGGGUUUUAUUUUUCUGUGGAUAUUUGAAGAUAAAUGUGUCAUGGUAAACGGGAUGUGUACAUAAUGUGGAUAUAUGCACAAUGUAAAAUUGUUUACGCGUUUGUUUGUUUGUUUGUUGGCGUGUGUGCGUGUGUGUGUGAAGACGACGGAAACAACAAUGUCCUGACGAUGAACAAAUGUGUUUAUUGGGAUGAGCUGUGGUUUAAUAAAUCUUUGUUUGGAUCUGUGUUA